AUGAAGGUCGCCAGGGGCCUCGUCCCUACGGAUGGCGCCGCGCCUGGCGGAGUGGCUGGCGCGGCGGGGCAGCAGAGGAAGGGCGCGCGCAUUCUGGCGGCUGAGACCUUCGCUCACCACGAGCCUCUGCCCGGCUACCUCGACCACAUCCCCCGCCGCCAGGCCCUCGCCACCUCCUGCGGGCGCACGGCGGUGACGAUUCGGUCGCAAUACCUGGGGCCGUACGACCUGCACAACGACAUCUACAACAUGACCUUCUACAACGGCUGCGCCUACAACAUCACCAGCCCGCUGCGUGUGUGGCAGUGCUUCAACUUCGGCAACGUGUGGGAGGGCAUCCUCGACAACCCCGAUCCCAACCCCUCGCAGUACCAGCAAGGCGAAAUCUUUGUGCAGACGACGCCGGGGUACUGUGAGAUGCGCAUGAACCGUGGUGCUAGCGGCACUCUGCAGAUGCUUCCCGGGGAGACAGUCAACAUUGUGUAUGCGUACUUGUGGGACUUCCGGCCCUGCGUGCAGGAGCUGCGCUUCGGCAACGGCAACAGCUACUCCAUGACCAACACCACCGAGUGCCAGCUUGCCGCUGUCAUUUAG